ACUGAAGUACGUAUGAGUAUGAAUUGAUGAAAGCGUAGAGAAGUGGAGCCCUUUUUGGCUCUUUCCCAAUUUCAAUUCCUUCCUCGCCCGUGCAGUGUGGUCCCUUCUGGAUUUUCAGUCCUCCUCAAGAAUCUUUUCCAAUCCAAAAACAAACUCUCUCUCUCUCUCUCUCUCUGCAAAUUUUGAACUUGAAUUCUUCUGAGCUUGCUUUCUUUUUAAUUCUUUUGCCGCUCACCCUCUCACUCUCUCUGAUGGAUGGAUAAUAUUAGGAAAUUAAGAAAUUAGGAGAAGUAGGUGUAGAGCUUUUAUCAUAAUUUCCUAAUUUUGUCCUCAUAUUUUAAGAGUGAAAGUCUUUCACAAACACUGAAGAGGGAGAGUGAUACAAGUGUAAGAUGGAGCAGUACGAAGUUCUAGAGCAGAUUGGGAAAGGUUCUUUUGGUUCUGCUCUUCUCGUGAGGCAUAAGCAUGAAAAGAAGAAGUAUGUCUUGAAGAAGAUCCGUCUUGCUCGUCAAACUGAUAGAACCCGCAGAUCUGCUCACCAGGAGAUGGAGCUUAUUUCCACGGUACAGAAUCCAUUUAUUGUGGAGUACAAAGAUUCAUGGGUUGAACGGGGUUGCUUUGUGUGCAUUGUUAUAGGGUAUUGUGAAGGAGGAGACAUGGCAGAAGCUGUAAAAAAGGCCCAUGGUGUUCAUUUUCCAGAAGAGAAACUUUGUACAUGGUUAGUUCAACUCUUGAUGGCCCUUGAUUACUUGCAUGCCAACCAUAUUCUUCACCGUGAUGUAAAGUGUUCAAAUAUAUUUUUGACAAAAGAUCAAGACAUACGUCUAGGUGAUUUUGGUCUCGCCAAAAUGUUAACUUCUGACGAUCUAGCUUCCUCUGUUGUGGGAACUCCGAGUUAUAUGUGCCCUGAGCUUCUUGCCGAUAUACCGUAUGGUUCUAAGUCAGAUAUUUGGUCUUUAGGGUGCUGUAUAUAUGAAAUGGCUGCUCACAGGCCUGCAUUUAAAGCCUUUGAUAUACAAUCUCUGAUUAACAAAAUAAACAAGUCAAUAGUGGCUCCGCUUCCAACAUUGUACUCUGGUGCAUUUCGAGGUCUUAUUAAAAGCAUGCUGCGGAAGAACCCAGAACUUAGGCCAAGUGCUGCAGAGGUGCUUGGUCAUCCCCAUCUUCGACCUUAUGUGCUUAAGAUUCAUCAAAAAUUGAAUAGUCCUCGACGGAAUACUUUCCCAGUUGACUGGUCUCAGUCCAGUUAUAUAACGAAAACAAGAUUCAUGGAGCCAGAAGCUAUUCCUGUACAUACUUUCAGAGAGAAAAGGCGUUCAUACAGCAAUGACAGGACCUUAAAUCCUAGUAUUUCUGGAACCGAACAAGACUCCCCAUGUUCUAGCCUGGGGGUGCAGGAAUUUCCAAGUUGUUUAAAUCAUAAGUUCACCGAAGUAUCUAUUGGAAGUGCCCAUGAAGAUUAUGGUAUCAAAAAGUCAGUGGCGACGAAGUUCACCGUUGUUAAUACUCCGAGAUCGACACCGGCAAAAGUUUCUGCUAAUCCUAGGAGACAGAUUACGCAGUCGAAAAUUUCUCACGUCAGCUCAAAACGUGAUUCACUUCCGGUGUCACAUUCUCCAGCCAGAAAAUCUUCCCAGUCAACACGAAGAGCUUCUCUUCCAUUCUCAACUAGAGCUGCAGCUGUGCAAACCCCAUAUAGAGCCCAUGUAGGUCCCUUGGGAAGCUUGGAGUCCCCAGAUGUUUCUGUGAAUGCCCCACGAAUUGAUAAGAUGGCUGAAUUCCCCUUAGCCUCUUCUGAAGACCCACUCAUUCCUGUCCGUAGAACUUCAUCAACAUCAGCACAAUGCUUCUCUACUACUACCCCAGGCAGCAUCAACCGCUCCAUCACAAAGGACAAGUGCAUGGUCCAAGUUGUUGACAGAACCGUUGCCAAGUCCAGUUUGAUUGAUGUCAGCAAUGGAGCUGCUCGAAAUGGCAGCGAGUCCUCUGAUCAAAAUACUGCCACUGGUGUUUCGAGCCAUUCAUCUUCCGAGUCACGACAGCAGCGGUUUGACACCUCAUCGUUCCAGCAACGCGCAGAGGCAUUGGAAGGGUUGCUUGAGUUCAGUGCACGUCUUCUACAACAGGAAAGGUUCGAAGAGCUUGGGGUGCUGUUGAAGCCAUUCGGACCUGAGAAGGUUUCUCCCAGGGAAACUGCCAUUUGGUUGACCAAGAGCUUCAAAGAGACUGCAACCUAGUCCCAAAAUCUCACACUAUGAUUGCUUCAACUUGUAAAUUCUCCGUCUUUGAUUUCUGGAAUUCGAAAACAUAAAGAGUAGCUGGUUAAACCUUCAUGCUGAAGGUGGCAUCGAAAGUGUUUAAAGUGAGUGGAAUUGUAAAAUAUAAACUAAAACAGUUUUGAAUGGUUUUUGGUUGUGACUUU